AUGACUGAACUGACUGACAAGACAAAUUUGGAAUUAACACAUAAAAAAUCUACAGGCAAAACCAAAUUAAUGAAGAAUAAAGAGUCCAAAAACUCCAUGAAAGUUGCAAAGAAAUCAAAUGCACACAAGAAAGCGUCUUCAAAGCGUUCUAGUUUUGGAAGUGCAUCACUGGACAUAACUCAUGAUUUCAAAAGCCUGCGCAGUAAUGAUAUGCGCUUCAGUGAUUAUUCAACGACAACUACAGUGGCGCCGACUGCAAAUUCAGCGGGUAAUGCAAGAAAAUACUCUCAAAACUUACACAGUAGAGACACGAAUACUGCAAAAACAGAUCCAUCAGCAACAAAGUGUGAUAUUGUGGUUACUAUACCACAUUCGCAACUCGCACCCUCCAUACUUAGUGAGGACGACGAGACCCUGGCGCAAUUGAAAAAUGCGUGUAAAAAGAACCCGCCCCCAAAACCAAUUAUUAAGGCUGAAUCACCAAAAAAAUCGCAUAACGUACCAAAACUGAAAAUUGAUAUGAGUAGUUUGAAGACCAAACUGACAAUUCCAAAACCAAAAUCCGCUGAUGCACGUUUCGAAGCUAUCGAAACUAAAAAAGUAAAGCAUCGCAAGCACUCGUUCGAUGAUAGUCGGCCCAUCGCUGAUAAGGUCGACUUGGAAACAUAUGCCAAAAAUAUCGGUUUAAAGCCAAUCGAUGUGCAGACUGCAAAUGAAACAGCCGAGCAGACAGAAAAGUUUAAAUAUAGUCCAAAUGCCUCACCAAUGUCGUCAAGUUCGUCAACCACUUCAUCCUCGAACAGUAAUUUCAAUUAUGCAACUUCUGCAGAUUUCACUUCAUCUUCGCAUAAGAAACGUAAAAAGAAGCAUUCAAAAGAUUCUAAGGAUGUCAAAGAGAGCAAAAGAAGAAAACUUCAUGCUGAAAUAUCUUCGCAACCUGCAGAUGAAAGCCUGAAAAUGAAGGUCAAAAUCACUGCAGCACAUUCCAAUCAUAAAGCACAUAAAACUGAAAGUAAGAAGAUAGCAGAUUCAGAUAUAUUCAAAACUCCAGCUACUGAGUCUGAAAGGUUUCCAGUACAUAAAAUAAAGCAUAGCGAAAGCAAUAAUAAUAGAGCCGCCAAUUCGUUUUCUUCAAUGUUAGCCUUAAAUAAAGCACUUUGUGAAGAAUCUCAGAGCAUAAAUAAUCUCAUAAAGACAAAAACGAAUACUGAGCAGAAAACUGUACCUGGAGAUAAAGACGUAAUCGGUAAUAAUAACACGGUUAACGGCGCAAAAGAAACCAAUUUGCUACCAAAACCAAUUGCAAAUAUAAUAGAAACUAAUAUUCCUUCGUCGCCACCCUUACCACCCAGCCUCUUCAAGCCCAGCGCAAUGACAUUGGGGCCGCUGAAAGCAAAAACUACUACGUUUCUUAAAAACCCAACUGAAUCGAUUAAGCAACCAACAUUCGUUUCAUCCACAAAAGAGGAAACAGUUUUAGUAAAACCCGCUUUGUCAAAUCCGAAAACAAUUUUACCAGGACAAGCCACACUACCAAAGGCACAAAAAUUACAUACACUAAACUUUGAUAAGAAGGGCAUAAAUCAGAAACCUCAACAACAGCAGCAACCAAAACAACAAUUUGCAGUUCCUAAUCCGCCACGUCCACUACCAAAUGCACAAAAAUACUUUUCAACCCCUACCUCAAUAGCCAGUUCUGCCAAUAAGCAAGCUGGUAUGCAAUUAAAACGCUCAAUCUCACUCGAUGAGUCUAAUUCCGGAUCGAUUAGCAAACUGCAUAAACUUGAACAGGAUCGCUUGAUGCGUAAGUCUGCUUAUGGCCCCUACUCUACAAAUGUAAAGUAUCAAAACCAAUUUGCUCGCAAUCAUGAAAAAGUAACCACUUUGCCAGCAAAGGCAACGGAAUUGCCUUUUUAUUCCCAAAUGACAAUUGCAUAUGGGCAAGGCGCCAAAAGACACUCAUCACAAAUGACACACACACCCAUUAACAUCUCUAAGAACAACAGUAAAAUAUACAAUGCGCCGUGCAGUACAAGUGCUGUAACGAUAACACCACGAUCGAAAACUACCACUACCCAGCCAUCUUCAAUGAUGUCAUUUCCAAAUCAUGGACAAGGCAAACCUGCCGUAGAAAUUGUGCGUAUAUCAACAAGUCACAAUACAGUUGAUUUGUUACCACUCCCAACACCAUUAAGUCCUCCGGUUGGUAACAGACUCACUAAACCACCUAUUGGUGGUUCUCAUCCUAAAAAAGAGAAGAUAGCACAACAAAAGCUUGCAAAAACAUCGCCAACAGUAAUACCAUCACCGCCUUUAAACGUACCUAAACCCAUAAUAAAUAAUUCCUAUAAUCCCUCGCCUCCAGUUUUAGUUAACUUACACAAUACUAUACCAUUGAUGUUACCGACUAAAACAGCUGAAAUAGACAAACCGAAUGAGAUUAAAAAAACUAACGGUUGCAUUGAAUCCAAAAAAACAAGUAGCCUCAGAGACUUUCGGCCAACUGCUAAAGAUAAUGGAGUCGAGAUACUUGACCUGUCAGCUGGUAAAAUAAACGAGACCAAAACGACUGAACCAGUGGUGCAAAACAACAUAGGCAAUAGUCUCGAAGCAGCAUUGAAUAAAAUCAAACAAAAUAUUUCUGCCAACAACAAUAUUGCAACAAAGUCCAACAGCAUGGAUGAACGGAAUGAAGAUCUACAAAAUCUGCAGUUGCUGUCAGAAUCUGCCACAACCCGGGAAAGACUUGCAAUUAAAACGCAAUUCUAUGACAAACCAAAACUACAACAACCAUACGUGGUACGACAGCAAAAUGCCUCUGUGCGGAAUAUACCAAAUCCCUCAGCGCUAGCUUUUCGCAAUCAACCCACUAUCGUCUCGACGAUAGCAGCAACUUUAACUAAUACACAAACAACAGCAGCAGAUACUGUGGUAUCUGCUACAACUACAACAACCGCUACUUCACCAAAUCAGCACAAAAGUGCGUUAAGCUCCCCAAGUAUGGAAGAUAAAAUAAAGUUACCGCUUAACAAUACAACAUUAACUAUGCCAACUAAAAGCGCGUGCUCAACCACGCAAAUCUCUACGGUUUCGAGCUUGCGGCCCACUAAGAAACCAACUACAAUCGAUCAAGUGGCCGCUAAUUUAAAUAUCAGAGCAGCCGCCGCGGAAGCUUCAGCAGCGAAAGCAGCCGCCAUAGAAGAAUCUACAGCAGCGGUAAAUACAGCAUAUGCGGUAAAUACAGCCAGUGUAAACGCCGUUAAGCCAAAGCAUGUCUUAAGUGAAGUGAGUGGCUACGAGACAGUCGAUUUAACUAUAAAAUGCGAAUCGCCUACAAAGAGUGUAGAGGAGAAAGCGACGAAGACAAUUGAAGCUACGACCACGCCUAAAAUCAGUGUUACGGCUGACGUAGUGCAAUUAACCCAAAAGGAGACCAACAACAAUAAUCACAACAACAAAGACACAAACCUUGCAGUUGGAACAACAAACUCCUCCGUCUGA